AUGCGCUUCGUUACCAUUUGUCGGCCGACACAGCCAUCAUCGCAAGCGCCGAACUUUUCUGUGCGCACGAACCAAGCUGAAAUUGCUAUGCUGUCAGGCGAUGACUUCCUCUUCACCACCUACCAGGCCAUCGAGAAAGGCGAGCCGCUGAGGCAUCGUCCCAACCCUUCCUCGCCCUCUCCUCCUGCCCCCUCCCCCGCGGCCCGCCCCAUUACCCCCCUUUUCCCUCCUCGCCAGCUGUCAGGGGACCACUUCCUCUUCACGACCUACCAGGCCAUCGAGAAAGGCGAGCCGCUGAGGCAUCUUCCCAGCCCUUCCUCGCCCUCUCCUCCUGCCUCCUCCCCCGCGGCCCGCCCCAUUACCCCCCUUUUCCCUCCUCGCCAGCUGUCAGGGGACCACUUCCUCUUCACGACCUACCAGGCCAUAGAGAAAGGCGAGCCCCUGAGCAUAUCGUACGUUGCCAAGCCCACCAUUGACAUGGUGUCCGAGUAUGGCUUUGUGCCUUCAUACAACCCCUUCGACACCGUGCUGCUCUUCCCCAGCAUAUCGUAUGGAGCCAAGCCCACCAAGGACAUGGUGUCGGAGUAUGGCUUCGUGCCAUCGUACAACCCCUUCGACACUGUCGUGCUCUUCCCCAGCAUAUCGUAUGGAGCCAAGCUCACCAUGGACAUGGUGUCGGAGUAUGGCCUCGUGCCAUCAUACAACCCCUUCGACACUGUCGUCCUCUUCCCCAGUGACAAAGCAAUCCCUCCCAGUGACCCACUUUUGCUCUUUGAUUCAGCCUUCUCUCUUUCUUCUUUCUCCAACCCUCCGUUCUUUAUCUCCGGUUCUGCUCGUCUGGUGGAGUAUACAGGGUGGCCGGGGGAGGAGGAAGGAGAGGGGCAGGAGACGCAGGGGGAGGAGGGGCAAGGUGGGGACGGGCAGGGGGAGGAGGUGCAGGUGGGGAAGGGGCAGGGGGAGGAAGGGCAAAGGGAUGGCACGAGUGGGGAUGGCAGCAGGGGUGGGGAGUGGUGGGAGGGGAUGGAGAGCGAGGAGGAGGAGUUUGAGAGCGCAAAGAGGCAGCUGGUGGUGUGGGCGGGCGGGCAUGCGAGCCCUGAGUUGCUGGCCAUGGCUGCUGCUGUGUGGCACUGGAUUGACACAGGACGAGAUUGGGCGGGCGGGCAUGCGAGUCCUGAGGUGCUGGCCAUGACUGCUGCUGUGUGGCACUGGUCGACCACAGGACGAGUUGAAUGCGGAGCAGCUCGCCAGGGCAGCCGCGCACCUGAGUGCACCCAUCAUGGACAACGGGAGAUCUCAGCCCUCUCAGCUGCUCCCUCCCUCGCUUCUGAUGGUGGUGAUAAUGGAGAGAAUGUGGGAGCAGCAGCAGAAGAGUUUAGGGCUGAUUCCCAUGGUACAGAGGGACAAGAAGCUGGAGCCAGCACAGCAGACGAACCUCAUGACAUGGAAGCACAGGCUGCUGACACGUGGCAGCAGCUGGCCCAGUCCACGUCAGCAGACAUCCUAUCCUCCCUGUCAUCAGCAGCGUGCGCGAUACAGCAGCGGGUGAGGGCCCUCUUGGCCGUGGGGCUGACUGGUGAGGAGAAGGGGCAGGUAGCGAGAGAGGCGUCUGAAGCGGAGUCAGGGGGAUGGUCGUUCUCAUCGGAUUAUUAUGAGGAUGAGGAUAGGCUGAGGGAGCUGGUGGCGUGUCGAGGGGGCAGGUACAGGAGUGCGAGUGAGAUCUUGGCAGGGACUGACGGGGAAACGAGUGGCGAGGAGGAGCAGGGAGGUAGGGAGGGAGAAGUGGAAGAGGGAGAGCAAACAAGUGGCCUGGCGGGUGGUUCGGCGAGCAAGCCGGUGUGCUCGCCUGGUGUGAUGCGGUGGGUGCACGAGAGGGAGACAGUGCUGCAGUUUCAGAUGGUGAAGAAGUCGAUUCUGAGUGAGGAAGAUGUGGCCAUGGGUGAGUGGUGCCGCAGCAUGGGGCGUGCUACGAGCUAA